UGGGGCGUCAGAAGGCGUCGCGCUGGCCGUGUGGAGGCUGUGGAAGCUCACUGACCGCCAAUUCGAGUUGCGCUAUAGACUGCGUCGCGUGCCAUAUUCGUUCAACUGUGUUGUGUUGAAUUCUGGUGACGAAUUCCAUCGAAUUACAUCCUAUCUGUGACUGCGUUUCGAGACGAAGAGGGGUGUGUUUAGGGUAGAGGAGAGGAGAUGCGACUGGAGGAAAUGAGGAGGCCUCCGUCUGGACAGGGCGAGGCCGAGAUCGGACAGGAGGACCGGCUCUCCGACGGCAGCACGGACAGAGCCAUGAGUCAGGAUGCCCGCUCGGUGGACUCUCAAGUGUCUGGUGACCUGGCUGACCUUGACCUCGGCGAGCUGGAGAAGGUCGAACGGGUCAAGGUCGACCGGAAGAAACUGGAGGACCUCCUGUACGGAUCUCCCGUUACCGUGGAGGAGUUCUUUAUGAAGAUUGAAUCCGACACCAACACUCGCAUACAGUGGCCGAGAGACUGCUCCUCAAAACGAGACCCCCAGGUUCGUGUCAUCGGUCUCUCUAGUGACGUGGACGCGGCCCGGUCCAUCAUCCACCGCGAGCUCGGAAUAAGGAACAUGAACCGAGCGUCUCUAAAGGUGGACGUCAGCUAUACCGACCAUAGUCACAUGAUCGGCGUAGGCGGAAAAUGCAGCAAGGACCUCUCCAAUCGGACAAACUGUCAUAUCCAUUUCCCUGACUGCAACAAGCAGGCUGACUGCGACAAAUCCAACUGCGUGUCUCUAUCCGGGGAGAUCCCCAACAUCGAGUACGCGCGCAUCGGCGUACGGCUUCUUCAGCCGCUGGUGUUUAUCGUCACUCUGCCCCACUCCCACCCUCUGCACCGGAACGGAACACUGAGAGAAACCAAGGACAUCCCGGACCCGUGGAAAACGCACAUCGAGUGGGCAGAGAAUCGGUUCGGCGUCAAGGUGAACCCAAAGGCCAAAUCAUCGAACCAAUACACGGCCCUGUUCAUCAAGGGAUCCGAGGAGAACUCUGAGAACAUACAGGCGGCAACUGAGAUGAUCAUCAACGAGCUUGUACACCGGUACUACCCCCACGAGCCGGGUCAUGUUACCAACUCGAUGGAGAUAUCCAUACACCAUCACAAGAUCGUCCAGGGCAACGUCAAACUGGUGAUGCAGAGAACGGGCGCUGUGAUCCUGUUUCCUGACGCUGAGGAUCGCAACAUCCCACAGCAGAAGAAGAGCAGUGUAGUCAUCUGCGGCACCGUCCGUGCCGUCUACCGCGCCCGGCAGAUGCUGAUUGGCUCUCUGCCGAUCAAGAUGACUUUCGAGAUGCAGCCUAAGCCUGACACCUGGUGGCCGGACCAGGAAACACUGCGACAAAUGGAGAUAGAACAUGACGUCAGCAUAUCUGUGCCGCAGAAGAACAGGGACAACGCCGUGCUGGUGACCGUCAUGGCCAUGGAAAGGAACAUAGGCGGGGUGUACGCGGCCCGCCGAGACCUUCUGGGCCUGUCCGGCCCCACUGUAGUGCCCGGUGUACCCGCCUGCUACCGGUUUGACGGGGCGCCGCGGCUGCAGGGGCCGCAUGGUCUGCUCACCAUGAUCUCACAUCAGGUGCGCCGCACUCUGCCUCCCUUUUCCCCGGUGUGGCCGCCCCCGCCCCCUCCCCCGUCCCAGCACGGGCCCGCCUGGUCUCCGCUGGCGGCCGCGCUCGGCGCCUCCUCCCCUCUGGCGGCGGCGUUCGGAAGCAGUAGUUACGGCCUGCAGACGCUAGGGGAGCUGGGGUCGGCUCUGGGGGACGUCAAUGCGAAUGGACUGCUGACGCCAACACCGGGGCUGCUCGGAAGCUUCGCUCCCGAGUUCAGCACCGGAGGGACAUGGGGCGCCACCUGGACCGGUGGUGACAGAGACAGUGCUGCCACCUACAGCCAGCCGGUCGGUGUGAGCAGCGCUCUCAGCCAGUUCAUCCAGAACGCCACCAUGCAACAGAACGUGGGCCAGGACUCCACUGCUCCCAGUUACGACCCGUUGGGCGGUCUGGGUCUGCACCCGACCUCCGCCACCACCUCGGCGACGACAGUGACAUCUAUCGGCGACCCGCUGAACAGUUCCGGGGGCUCGCAGGGCUUCAACAGUUCCCAGAGCAGCAGCAGGAGCGCCACACGGAGUAACACACCGCCCAGUGACGAGGGGAUGGACCGCCGCGCCCCGGGCUACGAAAAGAAGCUUCUCUCUACUCUAGUCGACUAUGAGGAGAAGAGGGCUCUGGCCGCUAAGAUGCGUCGGGCACCGGUGGUGCCCAAACCACGCACUCCGACGGACGUCUGGAGCGGCUACGGCUUCAGUCGCUCCUCGCCGCAUUGGCUGCUCAAGGAAGAGAUGAGCGCCGUCCUGAAGCCAGAGCCGACGGCGACCUCUGGACAGAACAUCACCGUGCCGACCAAUCCGGUGACGACGACCGCCCCGUCGGCCUGGCCGUCGACCAAUGGCAGCGCGGUCGGCAGCCGACUGGGCGGCUACCUCAGCCAAUCAAACGUCUUCGACUGCGGCGCGCUCUCCAAACCGGCCAAUCCCGUGCGAGAUCUGGCCGAACUGCUCGAGGGGAUCGACGGACUGCGACAGUACUCUGAGCUAUUCCGUGACGAGGAGAUCGACCUUCCCGUCUUUAUCGCCAUGACGGAAGACGACCUGAAGAAGCUUGGCGUCAAGACGGUCGGCGGACGGAAGAAACUGAUGAUGCUCAUCCAGACCUUCAACAGCGGCGAUCUGAAGCUGCCCGGAGCCGUCAAGUCCUUCUAGAGGAUGCUGCUGGAAGGCAACUCCUUGUUGGUGAUGUUGGAAAGGGGAUGGAGAUGUUGACUUUGGUCACAGGAGUUUAUGUGGCUGAGGUAGAUGGUUGAUGAUAUCAGGAUCUCUAUUAUGAAAACCAAGAUAGCAGCAGCCUGCGGUAUAUUGUUGUGAAGUGAUUCCGUUAAUGCAAGAGUAUUGAAGUGUGAUAGAUAGAUGUGAUCAAGUGUAGAACGUCACGAGAUUCGAUAGGAUUAGACUUAGUGUAAACCAAGGGCGUAGAAUGUAGGAAACAUGCGAAAACCCAGACCGAUACAGAGAGUGGUCAGUCUUGUGAUGACGUCAUUAGAAGUUUGGUGACGUCAUUAGCUCAAUGCCCAGUCCGUCCUUUUGAGGCGCGAUGUUCGCUGCUGUCGAUUGUGUGAUGCAAGUGCCUUACGGGUGCCUUCGAUCUCCGAUAUUGCCAUAAGAAUAUUGUCCUGAUUUUGUAGUGGCCAUUGCAUGCUUUAGGCCAUGUGUGUAGAUUAUUAGCACUCAGAAUGGCCCUGUUUGCUGUGUGCAGAACGGCCCUGCGAGCAUGGAUCAGUGGCCUGCUCGGCAAUAAGGUCGAGUUUGCGCUCAGCGCGAAUGGAGAGUCACCCUUAGUGGCGAUAGUUGAGACGGGCACAAAGAUCACGUGACAAGACCUUUUCAUGACUCCUGCUGUCGCUUCAAAUGGGACCCCGAGCACGUGACUGUGUAGGAAGGGCCUUCAGAGCGGCGGUCAGGUCAUGACCUUUGACAAAACACUCGCUGACAUCAGACAACCGCAGCGCGUUGCUAGGCAACCGGCGCGUCACCACUUGGACGCCAUCUUUGGACGAAUUGUCUUGACUUUUCCUGGCGGCUUUCGGCCAUUUUUGACGUGCCCUCGUGGUCAUUUUGUGCGACUUUGUGGCAACUUUGGAUGACUUUGCUGACUAGUUGACUUUUGGAGACCCGUGGCGGUUGAAGGCUGUCGAACGGGGCUUCUAGACUGCGCCGUAAUUGUGACAGGCGUGCUCCGUCAGAUCUGAUCCAUAAUCUACUACCCAUAGUGAAUCUGUGUGGCAUUAUUUUCAGGGUUUGCGGCGUGUGUUCCCAUCUGAGCGUUUUGCAUGCGAAGUCCGCUUGGAAAAGCUCUAAUAUCGAGAGUUCGUGCUGCUACUUCCCAAAUACUCAUCCUUCGGGACUGGCUAGUAGUUAUCGACUAAGUACUAACAUUAGAUUUUACGUGUCCUUGUGCGGACAAAAUGCCUUCUCAAGUAAUCUCCUAGUAUAAUUUGAUUUUACUCACCUUUUCUGUACUGACCUUAUUACACAACUCGAACGACCAAAACUGAUCAUUUUAUUCACCUACGUACCCAAAUACUAGCUUGAAUGUUCUCAAAUGCUCGUGUUCCUAGUAUACUGUCUAUCUUUUACUCCCUGAUCGAUCUGACUUUAUUCUGCCUCGUAGCUAUGUAAGCUGUUAGACUUCUGCUUCAAUGUGUCGGUUAUUUGCUCUAAUGCGUCAUUUAUUUGCGGCAGUGGGCCGGUUUUGUUCGUUACACUCCGCUCGCCGGUUGAAAUGAUGUAAAGUCGGUUGGACUGUCAAUGGGUUCGUCGCUGACUAACUUGGUAAACCUGUGUGUGCUAAAAAUCUCCACGACCUAAGAGAGUUAGUUCCUCACACUCCUCGCAUUGUCCGCUCGUCUGCAACUCCUCAAAACACUACUCCAAGUGGGGAUCCAAAGAUCCCAGUAAAAUCUCCGUUAAUUUCCCAGAAACGGCUCGUUAACUCGCGUUGAGUCGAUGGAGUAAGGAGUUUGAGGAGUUUGUGGAGUUUCGUGCCGACGGCUGAGCGCGAUUCGCGCCGCCAUUUUUAAUCUGUGAUUCGAAUUACUGCUGCGUUUUUCCCGCGACCCUCCCGCUCUCGAAGUCACGAAAACCAUCGCCUGUGCUAUUGUGUCUAUUGGUACCUCGACUCGAACGAUGGCUCAAGAAUCUCGAAUAGGUCGCUCUGCUGCUGACUGAUGACAUGACAGCGUGGCAGAAGUGACAGAUAUGACAGACGGCGAUAAUCUGUCAUGUCCUCGCGAGGCAUGACGUGUUUGAUAGUGUUUGUUUGUUCGCGUUGUUUGCGUUAGUUAUGUUUGUGCGCUGAUUUUGGUUAAUAAAGUUCCGUUUGCUGGCAUGGAAA